AUGAGCUCUCAUUCCUACGCCAAAGAGCUCCACCUCGCGAGCCUUGCUGUCCAGCGGGCCGCCCUAUUAACGAAGCAAUUGCUGUCCGCCGUAGACAAGGGCUCCUUCGACAAGAUCGAUGCAACCCCAGUGACCAUCGCCGACUUCGCCGCGCAAGCCUCGAUCAUCGCUGCUAUCCACAACACCUUCCCAGACGACGACAUCAUCGGCGAAGAAGACUCCACCGCCCUCCGCGAGAACCCCACCCUCCUCGAACGAACCUGGGAACUGGCGACGACAGUGCACCUCGACGAUGAAGCCAGCGAAGCCCUCCUCUAUACACCACGCACCCGGGACGAGAUGCUUGACCUGAUCGACCUAGGCGCCAAGGGCCGCUGCGGCCGUACCGGGCGCGUCUGGACCCUCGACCCCGUCGAUGGCACGGCCACAUUCAUGCAGGGCCAGCAGUACGCGGUGUGUCUGGCGCUCGUGGAGGACGGCACACAGAGACUCGGUGUGCUCGGGUGUCCGAACCUGCGCCUUGACGAGGGCCCUGUCUCCGAAGAGACUGUCGACCGCGACGGCCUCGGUCAGAUGCUCGCCGCCGUGGCCGGCCAGGGCGUGACCAUCCGUCCGAUGGGUCCCGGCCAGCUCCUCCCGAGCAAGCCCCUCGUCGCGGUCGAACAGGUCGUCGACGCGAGCGCGGUGCGCUUCGUGGAUACUCGUGCCGCGAGUUCGCAUGACCUGGAAUGCCAUGGCCGGGUGGCCGCGCAGCUGGGCUGUCCAUGGCCGAACCCGGUGGAUCUCUGGUCGGCGCAGAUGCGGUAUAUCGCGAUUGCAGUGCGUGGCGGCUGCAACGCGUUCAUCAAGGUGCCGCGCAGCGAGGACUAUCGGUCGAAGAUCUGGGACCAUGCGGGCGGGAUGUUACUGGUGCAGGAGCUGGGCUGUGCGGUGACAGAUCUCGAAGGCCGGCCAGUGGAUUGUGGACUGGGGCGGACGUUAGCGGAUUGCCAUGGCAUGAUUGUGGCGCCGGUAUCGAUUCAUGCUCAGAUCGUGGAGGCGGUUCGGAUUGUAAGACAGACACGGUAA